CGCGGUGGUGGUGGUGGUGGUGAUGGUGGUUGAGAACCAACUUGUGCGACGCGGACGGUGCUGGAUGUACUUGCUGCCCGGCGACAGAUUGGGACAUGGACGGCAUCUGCUGCCGGCUCUGGCUCGUCGACAUGCUGCCCUGCGCUGCCCCGACCGCAAGUCCGGGGCCGGUCGCCGAGCCGUUCAGCGACGACGGCGGGCCCCAGCCGUCCCCCGCGCCGACUCCGAGCCCAAUCCCUCCGCCGGCUCCCAACCCGCCCCCUCCGAACGCCUGCUGCCUGGGGAGACCGUUCCCCGCGCCCGGCCGGCCGCCUUCCGCACCCAAAAUCGAAGACAGAGAGGUCAAGGGCAUUGACGCCGACGGCGUGUGGUAGAAGCUUUGUGGGUCCCGAGAGUGCGCUUCUCUUGACAGGACUUCCCGAGACGGGUCUCUCACCUGCUGGUGCUGCUGAGCCUGAUGGUCCCUCCCCUGCGCCGACCCAUGCCAAAACUCCCGCGACACGUCUCGCACUACAUACGGGUGCUGCCCGUGUCCUCCCUGCGCGUACGGAUGCGGAUUCAUCUGAAAGUCUCGAGUGUCGAAGGGGAUGUAAUCGAACUCCGGGGUGUGGGUGUCAGGCUGUGACAUUUUCUCAAGUCGCCGGAAGAGCCUGCCAGGUGGCUGGCCGUGGAGAUCGAAGCGAAAUCGAUAACGUCUUCAGGAGUCGGCGACGCGGCUGCGAACGGCGACCAAUCGCGACAGACUGCGAAAAUUCUUUCUUCUUGUACGACGUCUCGUGCAGACGUCAACUGGGGUGUGUGCGUGUGUCGAAGAGCGGACGAUAAAAAAAUAAACAGCAGCGAAAAGCGAUGCGGAAACGCAAAGGACGAAUCAGCGACAAACGGUGCGGUGGAGAGCGAUCACAGAAGACGAGUUCGAUAGCGAAAACGAGUAGCACGGUCGUAGAAUAUACGAACGUAGAGUAGAGGG